AUGUUCGAUGCAAAUUUCUUCAAAGAGCAUGGGCAUAAGUAUAAGAAGAUACAGACACUGGGGAAAGGAGCAUUUGGUGAAGUAGUUCUGGCAAAGCGAUUAACAGAUGGACAACAGGUUGUCGUGAAAAAGAUAAAAAUGAGUAAGGAUAAAGAAGAACGAGAGAGAGAAAUCAAAAAUGCGAAAAAAGAAGCUGAAGUACUAGAGAGCCUCAACCAUCCGUAUAUCGUGAGAUACUUGGACGAGCUUGAAUGCAACUCUUUCAUGGGGAAUUCUAUCAAAGAGUUUCGUAUCGUGAUGGAGUACUGCGGAGGUGGAGAUCUAAGAAAAACAAUUGAUGCAGCAAAAGAGAACAAUGUCAAACUCCAUGAUGAUCAAUUGUGGGGCUGGUUUACUCAGAUCAACAUGGCCUUAGAAUACAUUCACGGCAAGAACAUCAUUCAUCGCGACAUCAAGCCGGAAAACAUAUUUUUCAAAAAGGAUAAAAACAUUUGCAAGCUCGGAGAUUUUGGACUUAACAAGACCUUGGGUGAUGAUGUUACUUCUACUGUAACAGCAAGUGGUACUCUCGCAUACGUUCAUUACGAAUUUUUCGCUGGUGGAGAGGCUAAAUUUGGUCGUGAUUCUGACAUCUGGGCAGCUGGAGUCAUUCUCUACGAGUUGAUCAUGCUCGAGCAUCCAUUUUUGACCGAUGAAGUCAAGAAAAAGAAAAAUGUAGAAUUAGAAAUGGGGCAACGAAUCGAGGCGCUAGAAUACAAACCGGUAGAAGGCAGCGUUGAUGCUGAUCAGAUCAUCAAGGGAUGCUUCGAAUUGAGAAAGAAACGACCGACUGCAUCUCAGAUUCUUGAGCAUCCAAGGCUUGUUUCUCAUUAUAAACCAAUCUACGACAAACUGAAAAACAAAAUGGAACCCGGCUACGAUUCCACACCCUCCAAGUUUCCGUCAAAACCUCCUCUUCGACACAUGAGUACACUUCCUGAGCAAACUAAGCAUGAACAACAUGAUCUGCCCCAGCGAAUAGGUUCAUCUCCAAAUUUGUUGUCUUCGUACGAAAAAUACGAUAUUUGUUUUGGAACGCCAAAAGCAAAUCAUGACGAUUUGCCAAAAAAAUUAAGAGAAAUGGAAAACCAAAGACGUCAGUUCAAAGAAUCCUACGACGCCCAUCACGAACAAGGGAAUCAAUUCACCCGAGAGAAACAAGAGCUCAGAAGACAGCUGGAAAAUGAAGUCAACUACUCGAAGCGAUUGAUUUCCAUUAUGCAAGCUGAAGUUGCUGACUUGGAGAAAUCCCUGUAUUCUAGCACAGAAUUAGGAAGACAGUUGCCGGACGAUCUUCGAUUAUCCGAUUCUCAGACAAUUCAUGAAAGACGCGAAGUCGCGAACAAUAUUAUUAGGAACGCUUUUUAA